AUGCGCGGCUGGCUCGCUCUCGCUCUUUCCCUCACUGGGCUCACCUUGACAUCCGCUGCUCCGGUACCCGCGACGCAGUCCAAGUCCCGCCAACACCUCUCGCGUCAAGACCCCUCCUCAUCCAACUCAACAAGCUCCCCGUCAAACACUACGGAUGCCUCCCGCCCGAAACUCGUCAUCGCGCACCACAUGGUCGGCAACACCUAUCCCUACACCAAAUCCGACUGGGCCUCCGACAUCGCCCUAGCCUCCUCGGCCGGAAUCGACGCUUUCGCGUUGAACGUCGGAACGGACGAGUGGCAGCCUGAUCGUGUGAAGGAUGCGUAUGAUGCGGCGGCUGAGAGCGGGAUGGGGUUUAAGGUGUUUAUGAGUUUCGAUAUGACUGUUAUGCCCUGCGCCUCGCCCGACGACGCGACGACACUCCGCAACUACAUAACGACCUACGCCUCCCACCCGGCCCAACAACUCUACGCCUCCCGCGUCCUCGCAACAACAUUCGCGGGCGAAUCAUGCACAUUCGGUCAAUCGUCCGUCGCUGAGGGCUGGAAAACACAGUUCACGCAGCAUCCGGAUUUGAUGGGGGAUGGCGGAGAGAGUAAGGUUUGGUUUAUGCCGAGCUUUUUUGUGGAUCCGGCGACGUUUGGGGGGUAUGAUGGGGUUAUGGAUGGGGCGUUGAAUUGGAACUCGGCGUGGCCGCUCACGAUUGCAUCCAGCGACUCCAACGCGCCGUCCAUCGUCUCACAAGUCCUCUCAACAACUUCCAACACCAACUCGACCUCAAACAGCACGCUCGCUUCUCUCCUCUCAUCCUCCACCACCUCCACCUCGGAUGCGGCACAACAAGCGCUGGGCGCGUUCACGGGCACCACGACCGACGGACAGUACCUCUCCGGGCUUGCGAGCAUGCCUAAUGGCGGGAAAGCGUACAUGGCAACUGCCUCGCCAUGGUUCUACACGCAUUACGGACAGGACAGCUUCAACAAGAACUUCGUCUACUACGCCGACGCACACCUCUACCCAACCCGCCUCUCAACGCUCGUCUCCAACUGCGACACAAUCGACAUGAUCCAGCUCCUCACAUGGAACGACUACGGCGAGUCGUCCUACCUCGGCCCCAUAGCCGGCGCGCAGCCCAACUCGCAAGCCUGGGUCGACGGGUUCGAGCAUACGGGCUGGUUGUCGCUCACGGCGUACUACGCGCAGGCGUUCAAGGCGGGCAGCUACCCGGAGGUUAAGAACGAUACGGUGUGGAUGUGGAGCAGGCCGCAUGUGAAGGAUGCGGUGGCGGGCGGGGAUGGGGUCGGCAGGCCGGAUAAUGCGGAUCUGUUGGGCGAUACGCUGUGGGCUGUGUCGCUGCUCUCGUCGCCCGCACAAGUCACACUCUCGACGUCCCCUACAAACACGCGUACAUUCAACGUGGACGAGGGGAUCAGUAUGCUGAGCAUCGAUAUUUACGCGGGAGAUACUAUGCGCGCGCAGGUCGUUAGGGGUGGAGAGACGACGGUGGAUGUGAACCCGGAGUUCACGUUCCAGGGCGCUGCGGGGACGUAUAACUUCAAUGCGAUUGGGCUGAGGGCUUUACUCGUGUUGUACUCUGACGUCGACCAUUCGCGUUUCAAUGAACUUUGA